AUGGCAGGUCACUCUCAUAGAUCAUCGGUUAAGAAUGGCCACAAGCCAUUCAAGUCCAAGCAUGCUUCAAAAGGUUCUUUGAAGAAAGUGUUCAAGGGUAAAGUAGAGAAAGAGAGCAAACAAGGGAAGACCAACAAGGUAGUUUCUAAACUGGAGAGAAAGAACCUAGCCAAACAACUAAGGCAGAAGAAAAUAUUAAGUACUUUGGAGGCCAAAAAAUUAUUUGAAGGGAACAAUGGUGCUAAAAAGAUCAUCACAGUUAUUCCAUUAACUGCAGAUGUUUAUGCUGAUGACAUUGUAAAGAAGCUAAUUCUAUCUGCAGAGACUAUUGAAAAAACUGAAGAAGACCUAGACUUUGAUUUAAAAACUCCUAGUGUUACGAAUUUCAAAAUCAACAAGUUUAAAACGACUUUGCAAGUUGUUAUUCCAGAUAUGUCCAAUUUUAUCAACAUUCUAGAUUGCGCUAAAGUUGCUGACUUUGUUGUAUUUGGUUUGAGUGGUACUUCUGAGGUUGAUGUUGAGUUUGGUGAACAAAUCAUUAGAGCUUUGGAAUUUCAAGGUAUUGCAUCAUAUAUGGGUGUAGUAACAAACCUAUCUGCAGUACAUCCUAAAGAAAAAUUCCAAUUGGACGUAAAGAAGUCACUAGAAAGUUAUUUCCGUCACUUUUUCCCCACUGAGGAAUCGAUUUUUAACCUUGAAAAACCCAGUGAAGCCCUAAAUGCAAUUCGAACUCUGUGCCAAAAGUAUCCUCGUUCAAUCAAAUGGAGGGACGCUAGAGGGUAUCUUCUCGCUGAUAACAUCGAUUUCAUGGAAACAUCUGAGGAUAAAGGUCACUUAAUUGUUCAAGGUAUUGUGCGUGGUUCCGGAUUCAAUGUUGACAGACUCAUUCAUCUUCCUGGUAUGGGAGAUUUCAGUGUCAGUAAAAUUGAAAAACUAACCGCCUCUAGAAGAGCGAAAAGUUCAUCAGAAGCUAGUAAUGAUGGUACAGAAUUCUCUCCUUCGGCAGACCGUGACUCUUUAGAAGAGUUUGCUGCUCAAGAUAUGGAAAUGGAUUGGUCGGACUACGAGGAUGGCUUUGAAUACGAUAAUUUAACUGCUGCAAGGUACGAUGAUCACGGAUUUUUACCAGGUAGAGAACAAGAAGCCAAGAAAGUCAGACUGCCAAAGGGUACUUCCGAAUAUCAAGCAAGAUGGUAUUUAGAUGAUGUUAUUGAAGUCGGCGAAGAAGAAGAAAUUGAUGAAGAUGAAGAUGACAUUGAAAUGGACGAACAAGAGCAAGGUGAAGAUUCAAUGAUGGUUGAAGAUGAAGAGGGUUUCCAACAGGAACCCCAAGUUACCGAAAUGGACACACAAACGGAAGUUGACGGAGACGAAAUGUUUGUUGAUUUAUCGCCAGAAGAAGAAGAAAGACAACUUAGAGAGUAUCGUGAACAGGAAAAAGAUGAUCUCGAAUUCCCUGAUGAAAUUGAACUUGAUCCAAAUGCCUCUGCGAUUGAAACUUUGAAGAGUUACAGAGGGUUGAAGAAUUUGCAUAAUUGUGUAUGGGAUGUGGACGAAAAAGAUCCAGAAUGUCCAAAGGAAUGGAACCGUGUGUUGAGAGUGGGCAAUUUCAAGAACACAAUGAAGAAGCUCAAAAAGGAAGCUAUUAGAUCUGCCCAAGUGGUUGCUGGUGAUACCGUCAGACUUUACAUUGAUGUCCCUAAAUUUAUACUAGAAAAGAUAGCCGAACCUAAGGCUGAAAUAUUCGCAGUUUACAGUUUAUUGAAGCAUGAGCAUAAAAACGCCAUAGUUAACUUUUCGAUAGAGAGAUGGGAAGAAUACGACAAGCCAGUUCCCUCCUCGGAACCAAUAAUUGUACAGUACGGAAUCAGGAGGUACAUAAUAGCACCACUAUUCUCAUCGGCUUCAAACAGUCCAAAUAACGUCCACAAAUUUGAAAGAUUCUUACAUCAAAAUUUCGUAUCUGUCGCUACUUGCAUUGCUCCAGUUGAUUUCACGCAAUCUCCAGCAAUUUUCUUUAAGACCUCUCCCACCGAUCCAAAAGGUAUAGAACUGGUGGGCCAUGGUAGCUUCUUGAGCGCUGAUCAUACUCGUAUUUUAGCAAAGAGAAUCAUCUUGACUGGCCAUCCAUUUAAGUUCCACAAGAAACUUGUUACUAUCCGUUACAUGUUUUUCAGACCAGAGGAUGUCGAAUGGUUCAAGUCAAUCCCUCUAUUCACAAAAUCUGGAAGAUCAGGAUUCAUCAAAGAAAGUUUGGGUACACAUGGUUAUUUCAAAGCUACUUUCGACGGCAGACUCACUGCACAAGAUACAGUUGCAAUGUCCUUAUAUAAGCGUGUAUGGCCUAAAACUUCCCUACCUUGGACUGACAAAAUAAACUAA